ACCUGCUGGAGUGACUGUAGAUGACAACGUGUUACUGUCGCGUGUGUUCCAGCAUCAUGGAGGAGAGUCACUGCAGUCCCAGGUUCAGUGGUCUAACUCCGCCACGCGCUCUCCGCUCUGCACUCAUCCGGUCACAACAACAACCACCGACCGCCCCGCGGCCCGGACCGAGCCGGACCUGAACCCCAACAUGUCCCUGCAGCUGCCUCCGUGCGUGAUAGACUGCGGGACCGGGUACACAAAGAUCGGCUAUGCUGGAAACACAGAGCCACAGUUCAUCAUGCCCUCCUGCAUCGCCAUCAGGGAGUCGGCCAGCGUGGGAGAACAGGCCCAGAGGAGGCUCGUACGAGGAGUCGACGACCUCGACUUCUACAUCGGAGACGAAGCCGUGGACAAACCUAACUACGCAACUAAGUGGCCGAUCCGUCAUGGGAUGGUGGAGGACUGGGAUCUGAUGGAGAAGUUUAUGGAGCAGGUUAUCUUCAAAUACCUUCGAGCUGAACCUGAGGACCACAGCUUCCUCAUGACAGAGCCUCCUCUCAACACUCCAGAGAACAGAGAGUACCUUGCUGAGAUCAUGUUCGAGACUUUCAACAUACCUGGACUCUACAUCGCAGUACAGGUGAGACACAGGCAGGCGGUGCUGGCACUGGCGGCGUCCUGGACAUCGCGACAGGUGGGACAGAGGACCCUGACUGGAGUCGUCAUCGACAGCGGAGACGGAGUGACACACGCCAUCCCUGUGGCUGAGGGCUACGUGAUUGGCAGCUGUAUAAAGCACAUCCCCAUCGCAGGGCGGGACAUCACCUUCUUCAUUCAGCAGCUGCUCAGAGAAAGAGAGGUGGGGAUUCCUCCAGAGCAGUCGCUGGAGACAGCCAAGGCCGUCAAGGAGCGGUACUGCUACAUCUGUCCUGACAUAGUGAAGGAGUUCUCGAAGUACGACUGUGACCCGGAGAAAUGGAUCAAACAGUUCAGAGGAGUGAACGCCGUCAGUCAGAACGCCUUCCACAUCGACGUGGGCUACGAACGCUUCCUGGGCCCUGAGAUCUUCUUCCACCCCGAGUUUGCAAACCCAGACUUCAUGCAGCCCAUCUCUGAUGUCGUUGAUGAUGUCAUCCAGAGCUGUCCAAUUGAUGUGAGGAGACCGCUCUACAAGAACAUUGUGUUGUCUGGAGGAUCCACCAUGUUCAGAGACUUUGGCCGACGGCUGCAGAGAGACCUGAAGAGAGUGGUGGACGCCCGACUGAGACUGAGUGAAGAGCUGAGUGAAGGACGGAUAAAGCCGAAGCCGAUGGAGGUUCAGGUCGUCACACAUCACAUGCAGCGUUACGCCGUCUGGUUUGGAGGUUCCAUGUUGGCGUCGACGCCGGAGUUUUUCCAGGUGUGUCACUCGAAGAAGGAUUACGAUGAGAUCGGCCCGAGCAUCUGUCGUCACAACCCCGUGUUUGGGAUCAUGUCCUGAUGAUGGCGGCUAGCCUGUCAGCCUGCUACGUUGUUAGCCUGUUAGCCUUUCAGCCUGCUACCCAGUAGAUAAACAGUUUGCCUGUUGCCUGUUAGCCUGCAGGCUCUGCAGCUUACCUGUUAUCUGCUAGCCACCAGCCACUUAACCAAUAGCCUGUUGCAAUAGUCUCUUGCUCUGUUCAGUUUUUAGCCUGCUAGGCUAGCAUACUGUUAGCAGGCUAGCUUAGCCUCAUCAAGCACACACAGGUCUGCAGACAGUUAGAAAACAGUUUCCUCUCAGACAGCGAUCAGACACCUGAUCACUGAUUCAGGACCAGUGUCUUCACCUCCGUCCAGAUGAGUCUGCUGCAGCACGAACAUCUGGAUGAACGACGGAACGACGGAAUCAAAGUUCUGUCCCCUGAACAGAAAAAGCAAAGGAUAGAAUCACCUUCUUCUCUGUUUGAGUUCUGCUGUGACCUCCUCUCUCCUCUUCACCUCCCUGUUCAGUCACUUGCUGUCUGUCAGUGUGUUAGCUAGUUAGCCUGUUAGCCUGUUAGCCUGUCUCCAGCUGAGAUUUAACGUGUUGAUGUGGAAUGAAUGGGUCCACUCUCUGAGGAGGCAGCCUUCAUAAAGGGUUUAUAAACUGUAAUCAAUAUAGUUAUUAAUGUUAAUAAAAAGUAAAGUUUGGCAGGAUCUUCCACAACCUGGCAACCUAAAAGUUCUUCUUCUUGUCUUUUAAGAGAUGAAGCAGUAAAUGAUUAAUUAACAGUUAAUUAAAGCCUUUACAGACGCUGCCUCCUCACAUGUUCUGGUGUACAGCUACAACUCUGUGUCUGUUACUAAAUGAUCCUUACUUUACUUUGCAGAGAAGUGAAUGUGACUGCAGUGAUUCUACAGUCUGAUAUUUAGUUGUUGUGAGUCACCUGACAGAUUGGGUUAGUCGGACAUGUGAGCUGAUGGAGGACGUGUAGCCAACAGUGCAGCUCACUGAAUCUACAGCAACAUUAUACCUCCUGUUUACAUCCCAAAGCAUUAUGGGAAUGUUUUUCCUGUUGCCCUCACUAUCACAGUGAACAAAUAUUAUUAUUCACCAUCUAUGAAGUUGCACAUAAAAAGACACAACUAGAAACUGUAGUGACUGUGAGUUCAUGCUGGACUAUAGAGUGUGACUGGUCCGAGGGAAACAGGUCAGCAGUGACAGCUGUUUGUUUGUUUGUUUGUUUGUUUGUUUGUUUGUUUGUUUGUUUGUUUGUUUGUUUGUUUGUUUGUUUGUUUGUUUGUUUGGCGUUUGUGUGUGCCUGUGCGUGCGUGUGUGUGCGUGUGUGUGUAUGUGUGUGUGUGUGUGUGUGUGUGUUUGUGUGCGUGUGUGUGUGUGUGUGUGUCAUAAACUACUGUUCUCAGAUUGUUUAUAUUUCUAAAGAUAAAGAGUUUAUCAGAGAAUUAACAUGGCUUAUAAAGUUAAAUAUAGAGACACACACACACACAUAUAUAUAGAUAUAUAUUUACUGUAUAUACUUCUGAGAGAGGCAUCAAACUGAUCCAGGAACAGGUCAAAACCACAAGCAGCACCAUAGGCUGGAGUAUGGUGUGUUCAGGUACAAUCAUGUAAAGCAAAUUUUUUGUAGAAAUACAGAAUCUGUACUUGUUUUCUUUAUUUGGAUCUGUUUUAGCACAAAAUACACACUUGGACUUGGUCUCAACUUGGACUUGUUGGACUUGACUUUGACUUCUCGGUCCUUACGUGGACUUGUUGGUCUCGGACUUGUCGGUCCUGACGUGGACUUGUUGGUCUCGGACUUGUCGGUCCUGACGUGGACUUGUUGGUCCCGUCUUCUCGGUCCUGACGUGGACUUGUUCGUCUCGGACUUCUCGGUCCUGACGUGGACUUGUUCGUCUCGGACUUCUCGGUCCUUACUUGUCGGUCCUGACGUGGACUUGUUGGUCUCAGACUUCUCGGUCCUGACUUGGACUUGUUGGUCCCGUCUUCUCGGUCCUGACUUGUCAGUCCUGAUGUGAACUUGUUGGUCUCGGACUUCUCGGUCCUUACUUGUCAGUCCUGACGUGGACUUGUUGGUCUCGGACUUGUCGGUCCUGACGUGGACUUGUUGGUCUCGGACUUGUCGGUCCUGACUUGGACUUGUUGGUCCCGUCUUCUCGGUCCUGACUUGUCGGUCUUGACGUGGACUUGUUCGUCUCGGAGUUCUCGGUCCUGACGUGGACUUGUUGGUCUCGGACUUCUCGGUCCUGACGUGGACUUGUUGGUCUCAGACUUCUCGGUCCUGACGUGGACUUGUUGGUCUCAGACUUCUCGGUCCUGACUUGUCGGUCCUGAUGUGAACUUGUUGGUCCCGUCUUCUCGGUCCUGACUUGUCGGUCCUGAUGUGAACUUGUUGGUCUCGGACUUCUCGGUCCUUACUUGUCAGUCCUGACGUGGACUUGUUGGUCUCGGUCUUGUCGGUCCUGACGUGAACUUGUUCGUCUCGGACUUGUCGGUCCUGACGUGGACUUGUUGGUCUCGGACUUGUCGGUCCUGACUUGGACUUGUUGGUCCCGUCUUCUCGGUCCUUACUUGUUGGUCCUGACGUGGACUUGUUGGUCUCGGACUUGUCGGUCCUGACUUGGACUUGUUGGUCCCGUCUUCUCGGUCCUGACUUGUCGGUCCUGACGUGGACUUGUUCGUCUCGGACUUGUCGGUCCUGACGUGGACUUGUUCGUCUCGGACUUCUCGGUCCUUACUUGUCGGUCCUGACGUGGACUUGUUGGUCUCAGACUUCUCGGUCCUGACUUGGACUUGUUGGUCCCGUCUUCUCGGUCCUUACUUGUCGGUCCUGACGUGAACUUGUUGGUCUCGGACUUCUCGGUCCUUACUUGUCAGUCCUGACGUGGACUUGUUGGUCUCGGACUUCUCGGUCCUGACUUGGACUUGUUGGUCCCGUCUUCUCGGUCCUGACUUGUCAGUCCUGACGUGGACUUGUUGGUCUCGGACCUGUCGGUCCUGACGUGGACUUGUUGGUCUCGGACUUGUCGGUCCUGACUUGGACUUGUUGGUCCCGUCUUCUCGGUCCUUACUUGUUGGUCCUGACGUGGACUUGUUCGUCUCGGACUUCUCGGUCCUUACUUGUCGGUCCUGACGUGGACUUGUUGGUCUCUGACUUCUCGGUCCUGACUUGGACUUGUUGGUCCCGUCUUCUCGGUCCUGACUUGUCGGUCCUGAUGUGAACUUGUUGGUCUCGGACUUCUCGGUCCUUACUUGUCAGUCCUGACGUGGACUUGUUGGUCUCGGACUUCUCGGUCCUGACGUGGACUUGUUGGUCUCGGACUUGUCGGUCCUGACUUGGACUUGUUGGUCCCGUCUUCUCGGUCCUUACUUGUUGGUCCUGACGUGGACUUGUUGGUCUCGGACUUGUCGGUCCUGACUUGGACUUGUUCGUCUCGGACUUCUCGGUCCUGACUUGGACUUGUAGGUCUUCCAUUCCUUGCAGCCUGGAGUGAAGCGGUUCACAUCGUUACCAUACUCAGGACAUCAGUGCUGUUCAGGAGCAGCUCUGUCAGCCCUUCAGGUAUAUGCAGGCGUGUCUGUGAAGAGCAGCUGUUUGAUGUAUUGAUUAUCACACCUGAGCAGCUACGUGAUAACAGGUGACCUUGUGGUUUGGACCUGAGCUUCUGGUCUGUCUAACGGAUUUAGUUUUCUGGUUUGAUGGAUGUGAACGAUCUGUGGUUUGAUACUGAGCUGCUGUCAAUAAACCCUCCACCUCCAA